CUAGUUAAUUUCACACUCUUGUCACUGAGCUGCUGUGUGACGGGGCUAGGAGCGGGGAAUCUCAGCCUGGGAUCACUCACCCAUCACACAGACAGCUGGGGACGCCUCACCUCACCAUCCCAUUCCGGAUUAUUUAUACAGACCAGAGCGGACCUUGCUUUAAAAGUGCAGCUGACUGAGCUGAGGGGUGAUAACAGGAGCUCGGGAGAUUUUUUUCUUUUUCUUUUUAAACUCCCGGUUCCUCUUAUACUUCGAAGGUUCUUGUCUUUUGGUGGGCGUGAAAUUGACAGCUUUUCAGCCAGGGAGGUGUCCGUUUUUGCUCCCAUCUCCUCUCCCUCUUAAUAAAGCAGGACUUGGCCAGGCGACACAGAUGAGUUCCACCCACAAGGAUCCGGAGUUUGACUCACAGCACGGGGACCAUGACCCAAAUCAAAACGUCAGCCCUCAAGAGGAAUUCGACUUCUCGAUAUUAUUCGAUUAUGAUUAUGAUUACUUGAAGUGUACAGAAGAAGAAUCGACUCCUUCACAUAAAACCAACAGCCCACCCACUGGAGUUACAUACCCUCAUGAUGAUGUCUUGGACUAUGGCCUCAAGCCAUACAGCCCCCUGGCUUUUCCUAGUCUUUCUGCAGAUCACAUGGGCAGAUAUGGACAGCCAGAUAGCAUAGGGUCAAAAUGCAACUUGGACCCUGUAAAGUCUGGGGCCUCUGCUUUGAGCCCUAGGAUUGAAAUCACUCCAUCCCAUGAACUGACUAAUCCAAGGGUUCCCUUGCACAGCAGAGACACAGAUCUUUUGGUAGAACAUCAGUCCAACUCAGCCACCGCUAGCCCAAGGUUUACACUGCCUGUCCCUGGCCAUGAGGGCUACAGAGAACCGCUGUGUUUGAGCCCAGCUAGUAGCGGCUCAUCUGCAAGUUUCAUUUCAGAGACAAAUUUCUCUCCUUACACAUCACCAUGUGUUUCACCAAAUAAUGGCCCUAGUGAUGACCUUUGUCCACAGUUUCAAAACAUCCAUACUCAUUAUUCCCCUAGAACCUCGCCAAUAAUGUCACCACGAACAAGCAUCACGGAGGAUACCUGCUUGGGACCACAUUCACCAUCACCCCGUCCCAACUCAAGGUCUUCAUCGCCAGGUGCAAAACGGAGGUACUCUUGCACUGAGCUCUACAACACUCAGCCGCCUUCCACUUCUCCACGACAGUCAAGGACCCCUUCUCCACAAGCCUCUCCUCACAUCCCUUUGAGAGAAGACAGCUCUUUGCUCACUUACACCCAGUUGCCCAGCUCAUCUAGUCUCAUGGAUGCUAUGAACAACCUUAGCACGGAUCCUCCCUGUGGUGUUCCCAUGAAAAUUUGGAAAACCAGCCCUGAUCCCCCAUCAGUGCCUUCCCACAAAAACAGCAUUCCAGCAUUCUUUCAGACCGUUGAUUACCUUGGGCCUUGUGAUCAGGAAGACAGGAGAAACUCAGCACCUGAAUCCAUUUUGUUAGUACCUCCGUCUUGGCCAAAGCAGCUGGUGCCUGCAAUACCCAUCUGCAGCGUACCUGUUGCAUCCCUCCCACCUCUUGAGUGGCCACUCUCCAAUCAGUCUGGCUCUUAUGAAUUGCGCAUUGAAGUGCAGCCAAAACCUCACCAUCGGGCACACUAUGAAACAGAGGGGAGUCGAGGGGCAGUCAAAGCACCAACGGGGAGCCAUCCUGUGGUCCAGUGCAUAGACCUGUUACUCAGUUCUCCCUGCAGCGCCCAAAGAUCUGCUCAUGAGCUCCCAAUGGUUGAAAGACAAGAUAUUGAGAGCUGCCUAGUUUACGGCGGACAGCAGAUGAUCCUGUCUGGUCAGAAUUUCACAGCAGAGUCUAAAGUUGUAUUCACUGAGAAGACGUCAGAUGGUCAGCAGAUCUGGGAGAUGGAGGCAACAGUGGAUAAAGAUAAGAGCCAACCUAGCAUGCUUUUUGUAGAGAUACCAGAGUAUCGGAACAAGUACAUCCGUACACCUGUGAAGGUGAAUUUCUAUGUCAUCAAUGGGAAAAGAAAAAGAAGCCAGCCACAGCAUUUUACCUAUCACCCAGUACCAUCAAUCAAAACAGAGCCCAUUGAUGACUAUGAUCCAGCUUUAAUCUGCAAUACAGUACACAGUGGUCUGGGAACAGUAACACAGCCUUACUAUUCACAGCACACAAUGGUCACUGAAUCCCCUUCCUGUCUCGUGGCCACUAUGGCUUCCUGCCAGCAGUUGCGUUCAAGCCUGUCUUCUACUGAUUCUCGAUAUCAUCAGCAGAACCCAGCAGCUGUAAUAUACCAAAGAAGCAAAAGUCUCAGUCCUAGCCAACUAGGCUACCAGCAGUCCAGUUUGAUGGCCACACAGGUUUCCAUUUCAGAUGCACACAGGUCAGUGCUGGUGCAUGCUGGUUCCCCAGGCCAAACCUCAGCUGUGCUCCACCACUCUCCAGCCAGUCCACAACCUUCUCCCGUGAUUCACUAUUCUCCAACCAAUCAGCAGCUGAGGUGUGGAAGUCAUCAAGAAUUCCAGCAUAUCAUGUGCUGCGAAAAUUUUACCUCUAAUGUAGCAAGACCCAGCCAGCCUCAGGUCAGUCAAGCACAAAGGAUAAGUCCAAGUUCAUAUCCUACUGUGAUUCAGCAGCAGACAGCCACCAGCCAGAGAGCAGCAAAAAAUGGACCGCCCGUUAGUGAUCAGAAAGAAGUGUUACCAGCCGGAGUCACUAUUAAACAGGAACAGAACCUGGACCAAGCCUAUCUGGAUGAUGUUAAUGAAAUUAUCAGGAAGGAGUUUUCUGGACUCCCUGCCAGAAAUCAGACGUAGAAGAAGAGAUUUGUGAGACAACUUUUACUGAAUCCUUCCAUAACUGACCUGUUUAGAUCCUUCCACUGCCCCUUCAACCUUCUGCUUCCUUAAUCGUUCAUCUCAAGGCACCGAUUCAAUGCAAGGAACAAUGUAUUGGCAUCAAGCUGACAGCCUUGACUAAGCAACUCGCCACCUCUCUCUGUAAACAUCAAAAGGACACCCUUCCUUUAGUCCAAAGAUUGUAUUGUUCUCAUAUAACACGGUAUGUGUCUUGCCUGCUGCAAAAAUAUAUAUAUAUAUCAUAAUAAUAAGGGAGAAGAAAGGCAUCGCUCCAGAGCUCUGUUCUACAGCAAAUGUGGUUAUAUAUUAGCACUUAAUUAGAUGGUAACGGGAAAUAAGGGCAGAGGGAGUGCUUGCAUUUUAUAUAAGAUUAACAACACUUUGCAUUUAAAUAGCAAUACCUUUCCAUCCAGAUCUCAAAGCCCUUUACAAACACAGGUCACACAUUAUUAUUCCCAAUGUUAUCAAUGGGGGUAACUGAGGCACCCAUCAGUUAAGGGACUUGCACGAGUCAGGCCACAUCUACACUAUGGGUUCUACAUUGAUGGAAGGUGUUUUUCCAUCCCUGUAGGUAAUCCACCUCUCGCAGGGGCAGCAACUAGGUCAAUGGACGAAUUCUUCCAUCAACCUAGCUGCAUCUAUCCUGAGGGUUAGGUCAGCAAAGCUACAGUACACAGGGGUGUAGCCAUGUUGAACUAAUAUUUAAGACUAGACCAGGUCUCAGUCUGAUCUGGGAACAGAACCCAGGUUUCCUGACUCCUACUCCUGUGCUCAGCACACCACACUGUAGUUGCCACGUGAAUCCAGAACUUUCUUUGUUGUUUUUAAUCAGAGUUGAUGUGCCUUUGAAGGAGAGGGAUGCUUAGAGAGAAUUAAGUUAAAAGAGCAAUUCAACGUUUCUAAUGUACAGCCCAAGUUAAAAUAACCCCUGAUAAGAUGAAGCGGAUGCAUCUAUUGGAGUUACAAAAUUCAAGCAGAAUUAUACCUGUCAAAAGACUUUGUGAUUGACCCAAAUUACUGGUUAGCCAAUACAUUGACAGCUUUUAAUUUUUUUAUUCUAAUAAAGUGCUGCUGUUUAUUUUCAUGUAGAACCUGCCUUCAAUUCGUAACUGCUCUCAUUUAGAAGCCACAACAUUUAACCAUACAAGCUGCAGGGGAAAGUAAUUACAUCUAAAAGAAGCCACACAUUUAUUUGUCUUUUUUUCUUUUGCUUUGAAAAGCCAGCAGCAAUUUACAGAAAGGCUGAACUUCCUUGUUAGUCUAAUAAGUUAGCUAUGUACGACUUCUAGUGCUAACACAUAGUUUGAAUAUACUGUGCUCAUGAAAGUUAAUCACAAUAAGAAACAGAAUAUGGAUAAUAUUUGCCAUUUGCAGAUGCACAGCUAGUAAGCUUGUCAAGUUUCACGCUUUCCAUUUUUAGUGGGUUAUUGCUUCCCUGCCAUGAUAAAAAGAUAUAAUACUUGGAUAAAGAAAUACAGUAAGGGCUAACCAUAAUAUUGCAGCAAAUGUAAUAAUGUAAAAAUGUAAUAAUCUUUUGUUAAAUUAAUGAAAUCAAUAUCCUUAAAAGUGCUUGUAGGAAAUUUGCAGUGCUAAAGAUCCCUCUAGAAGGCACACUAGCUAAAGACUCAAGGGUUUCAAAGCAAAGAUUGCCAGUACCCAUGUGUCUACAUGGUGACAGCAUGAAUUAGGUUGUAUGAAAAUAUUAGAUCAGAACUUCUGUAGAAUGUUUGCCCAAUGCUGCAUGAAAGAUAAGUGCAUAGACCCCAUGGAAUAAGUACUGGGUUUGGCACAGCCAUUCUUCAUGAGUUUUGUGAAAAUAUAUAUUUUCUGCCACUAAAUUCUACCACUUAAGAUAUGCAAAGGCUUAUAUCCUGGAGAGAUUUAAUGGAUAGCAUUUCACUAACUCUCUCCAGGAUAUAAGCCUUUGCAUAGCUUCAGAAUGCCUGAUUGAGAAAUGGACCUCAACCAAAAUCUUGGAUCUUAAACAACCCAGGAUCUUUGGAGUAUCUGAAAUCAGAAUUUUGCAAAUGGGAAAAACAAAAGCCUGGAUUCAAACCUUCUUAGGUCAUUUAAAGUUUGAGUUUAUAUCCUGAACAGAAUUUUGUGGCUUACUGGAGCCCCUUUCUAUUCUUAAUCAAAAAGUUGAUUAGCUAUGUGGCCUGCUCAUGAAGUUUGCUUCUUCUUUUUUUCAGGUGGGUCAAACAUAUACUGCUCAUACAUGCAGACAGUGUUAGUGUAACACACAGACCAAGCAGGAGCAUUUCUUCCAGUUGGAAGGUAUUCUGCUUUGUACGAUUAGAAUCUUUUUCAGAAGGUCAUUUUCCCAUAUGCCAUUUCACCAAUACUAAAUGUGACUAUCACACAAUACUGCCAGCAGUGGAUGUUUCAGUCUGCCAUUCAUAUAGCCAGCUACACAUGCUCCAUCUGUAAAUAAUACAACAAAAGGUUCAAGUCCUGGUCCUGUACCCAUUGAAGUCAAUAGACUUUUUGCCAUUGGCUUCCAUGGGAGCAAGCCUGGGGCUUUGAAUAUGAUGAAUUAAAAAUGACCUAGAUGUAGUGGAAUUAUUGUAUAUUAUUCAACAACUCUAGGUGCUAUGUUUUAAUAUGUUUUAAUUUCCUCAGAGACUUGCUUUAAUAAUGCAGUGUACCAUGAGAUAUUUAAGAUCUCUGGUUCUUUUUAAGGCAGAUAAAGUUCCAGGCAAAACAUCCGAUUGUUUUGAAUUGUCUUGGUUCUCAAGGAACAAAGUCAUCUUGCACAAGUUGUUUACUUCAGCUGACUUUACUUGAGCAAGUGUGUAGUGAGUUUUCCAGUUUUACACAAUUUGGGCAUAAAGUAAUUAAAAGCUACCAUAAAAAUUACUUGGCAGAUUUGUUUUCCCGUAUGGACUCUCUUCUUGUUGGAUUUUAAUAAGCAGCACAAAGAAAUAUGUGAACUAAUUAUUUUGUUUACACAAUACAUUGGCUAGAUGGCAUGUUCUAAAAACACUGCAACUCAUUAAAUGAUAGUUUAAAAAUAAAACCCCAAGAAGCGACAGGUUUUCAACAACAUUAUACACACAAAUGCAUGCCUGACUUGGACAAGUAUAUGGGGUAAUUGCACACACAAAUCCACUAGAAACCUUGGUCAUCUCAACAUGCAAUUACCCAAAUGAAAUGUGAAAUCAUAGUACAUGUGUUCCCAUUAAGUGUGCCUACCUGUUCUGGCACUGCCCCUAAAUUAUCAGUUGAGCAUCCUGCAUCAUUUCCCCAUUUUACAUAUUAGGCUUUUCUUACCAUGAUACAUAAAUGUAUAAACCAAACAGGAACUAAGGUUUUGAUCCUUAAAAUGUGACACGCACGUGGAGUUCCACUGAAGUCACAUUGCAGGAUUUGCCUGUUAAACAUGCUCUCUCUUCUAUUUUGGUGGAAGACUUGUUUUGUUUUUAUUUUUAAAUCCAUUGAUCUUACAUUUUCCUUCAAGAGCUAGGCUGCGUACGGUGGGAUAGUAAUUUUUAUGUGCUGCAAGGGUUCUAGUGCCGCUUGCAUUAAACUGGAGCUUUUCUUCCUAAGUUUAAUACAUAGCUAAUUAGAUGUAUUUGUGUAUGAGCAUAUACACACAUAUGUUAUAUACUUGGGUUGCAAUCCUGCGACUGGCACCAAAGGGACAGAACACUGCACCCGCAUGAUGUCAGCUAAAGGAUCAAGGCUCUUCAUACAUUCAUAUAAUAUAGACUACAUUUUAGUGGUUUUAUUUACAGCUACAUGGAGUCUGCCUAUACUACUGUAUCUGCUUGUCAUCAUUUUACAUGCAAAACAUUCGAUAAAUAAUAUAGUCUUAACUAACUUCAUAUUUAUUUCUGGAGAGAGGGAGGAGGAUCCUAAGACACAGCGUAAUGCAGUUUUGUCUCUUAAAAAUGUUAUAGCUAUGCUGAAUAGCUUCAAAAUAUAUAGUACUAAAUUAUUUCUUUUUUUUUUUUUUGCUAAGCAGUGUUUUUCCAGUAUUAAUAUUGUUACAUAAAUAAAAAUUGCUCUCUUGCUCUCGCUGUAGAAACAUUAGGUUCAACUUUGAAGAGUUAAUAGCAUUUGUGAGUAAUUUGUUCUCACUUUAUCUGGAAAAUAGCCAUAUUUGCACAUGAGGAAAUUCUGUCUUUCCUCAGUUAUCUGAAUGUUUCACCACAGUGCCUUCCUGCUAUUGUACCAAAGGCCCGCCAAAUAUAAUGUCUGCAGGGUGAACAACUCUAAUGUGUUUUCCAUCAAUGUUAUACCAUGCUAAAUACAUGGGGCUCAUUGUAACUCAAAGUGCGUCUAGCUGUCUUUUUUUCCCCCCACACUUUUCCGUCAUAGCUUUGGCUGCAAAUUACAGGAUGCGCUUCUAUAAACUGUUGCAUCAAUUAUAUAAAUAUAUAAAAUAAAAUAAUCAUUCUUGAUACAUAAACAGUCCGAGAGCGUAAUGGGAGUUGACAGCUAUAAGGAAGAUUUUAUGUCAGUUACAAAUGUUGUAAGUAAAGUUUGCCAGGGGAGUAAUUGCUUGUGAAGAGAUUUGCAAUGAAAUAUGCAGCCCAGUUUUGUUUUUCUCCAUGAGAAUGAGCAAAAUGUAAGAUCUGAACAGCAGCAGUGGAUUGAAAGUGUCUAUUGUAUGUGUUUUUAUUGGUAGAAAGAAUGUAGAAGAGCCAUGUUUUUUGCACUUGCUUUAUUUGUAUCCAUGUAAAUAUGUAUUACUUCAUUCUUCUUGUAGGAAUACACCAUUUUCUGAAUGUAGUAUAUUUCCAAAGACAUAACUAUGUUAUUCUCUAUUGUAUAAAAAUGCUGCUGCUUGAUAAUAUAUCCAAAACAGUUCUCAAAAUUAGCUAGCAUGUUUUUUAAUAUAUUUUGUAAUCGAUAUCUUAAAAAAUAAAAGUGUCUAUGCUUUUUAUCUGCCCCAAAUAUGCAACAUCUUUUGCAUUAGAAAUGGUAUUUAUAAAGGAUUGUUUUGCAUUUUUUCCAAGUGGAUUAAUUUCUCUAUGCAUUUGUUAUUGAACUUUUCCCCCGUAAGAUAAAUGAUUUCAAGUUGGUAUUUGAUAAGUGUUCCAAAGACUCCAAACAUGUUUUUGAACACACUAUUUUUCAAAAUACUUCAAUGUGACUUGUUUUCCAAUGAAUCAGUUUCCAAAUUGCUACUUAUCACAGAACAAUUGUUUCUUACAUGGAUUCAAGAAAAUGUUUGUCUAAAUUUAAGAUAUAAAACUGGGUCAAACCUGGUGAUGUUUGACCCAUUUUAAAUUAUCUGAUGGCCCAAUUUAGUAUUGAAUGUUUGUUAUUUAUACUGUUUGUGCUUAUGGAAUUGGGAGAAGUGCCUAAAUUGGAUUAAGAAAAAGUGAACCACAGAUUCCCCAAAACUCAGUUACUUACUGUUUCCUAUGGAAUUUGUGAUGUGUUUUUCGUAUUGUCCAUGAUUUCACACGUAAUUCUAAAGCAUUUAGCUUGAUAUGAAAAGGGAUAGACACCAAUGUACCAAUUAGCUCUUAAUACAAUAUGAACUAUCCACCCCUUUGAACAUUUCACAUGAAGUUAGUAAACCUUUCUCUUACAUCUGUGCUACUGUGUAACCCCAGUGAAUGACAGUUGCUAACAAUUUGCUUAACCAGCAUCAAUCACCUUAUUAUAGUCUAUGUAAGAUUUAUCUAUUUUUAAUUGUUCCUUGUGUGUAAUCCAAAGAAAUAAACUGGUACCUGACUAAUGUUGCAAUAAAGUUUCAAAUGCAGGUGCUGGUAGCUGUAUAUGAUCAUAUAGGCUGCCAAUGAGAGGCAAUCAGGGGAAAAGUUUAUAUUUCGAGUUUCCUUCGCUAACUCCCCUGAAACUGCUACAAAAAAGCUGGAAGAUUCCAGCAAUAAUGACCUAUGCAGAUGCUACAUGGAUACACUGAGUUUCCAAACAAUCCAUCUAUCUGUUAUAGAGUAGAUGGGUUAUUUUCAAAUAGUACUAAGGCCUAGACUGCAAUGCUCAUACUUAUGCUAAGCAGUACCUUACUACAUGAGUAGGCCAAUGGGUGUCGGCAGGUUGUAGACUAUGGGUGAAGUCAGGUGCUAUUCAGUGUCAGUAAGGGUGGCAUAAUUGGGCAAUAAGUAAGUAAAUCAAUUAAAAAAUAACUAUUUCUGGUGAUCCCUGUAUUUCCAGGCUCGCUGCUCAAGUCACAGUCUCCAUGUUCAGCUAACACUCUGCGUUAAAUGCAGAUACUCACCUGAAGUGAGCAAAUGACUUUCAAACAGACAUUUUACUACUAACUUGCUUGUGCAAAAGUCUAUGCUUAAAAAGUGAAGAGGGGUUUAUAUAACACACAUUCCUAUGCAAAAAAUUGUUAACCUCCAAUUCAAUGAUUUUUCCUAUCUGUAAAAUAUUUUUAUAUAGCUUGUACUAUGAUAGUUUAGCAAUAAAUCAAAG